GACGGAUGAGCCGUAAGUAGCUGCUGAAGAAACAAGCAAGAAACCCCGAAAGAUGCUUUCAAAUCUAAUUAACCUACGAGAGCAGAGCAUGAAUCAACCUUCUUUUAUUCUCUCUUUUUAGGGAGAAGAAAAGAAGGAUGGUUGUGGAUGGUGGCAAUGGAAGCACCUGUGAGUGGGACGGCCGGUGGAACCACAUCAAAAAGUUUCUGGAAAGAUCGGGGCCAUUCACGCAUCCUGACUUUGAGCCAAGCACAGAGUCUCUGCAGCUUAUGUUAGAAACAUGCAAAAUCCUGGUCAUCGGUGCUGGCGGACUGGGAUGUGAGCUGCUGAAAGACCUGGCUUUAUCAGGCUUUCGCAACCUUCAUGUUGUUGACAUGGACACCAUUGAUAUUUCUAACCUGAAUCGACAGUUCCUCUUCAGGUCGAAAGAUGUAGGCCGGCCCAAGGCAGAUGUCGCAGCUGACUUCAUCAACAGCCGCAUACCUGGAUGCCGUGCAGUCCCACACUUUAAGAAAAUCCAAGACUUCGAUGAAACCUUCUACAGACAAUUCCAUAUAAUUGUGUGUGGACUUGACUCUAUAGUUGCCAGGAGGUGGCUGAACGGUGUGGUGCUAUCUUUGCUUGUGUAUGAGGAUGGUGUCUUAGACCCAAGGUCCAUCAUUCCUGUAAUUGAUGGUGGGACUGAAGGCUUUAAAGGCAAUGCCAGAGUCAUUCUGCCAGGCAUGACAGCCUGCAUAGACUGCACCCUUGAGCUUUACCCUCCCCAGAUCAACUUUCCCAUGUGCACAAUAGCCUCCAUGCCUCGUUUGCCAGAACAUUGCGUUGAGUUUGUACGAGUACUGCUGUGGCCCAAAGAGAAACCCUUUGGAGAUGAUGUGAUCCUGGAUGGAGAUGACCCAGCACACAUCCAGUGGGUGUACCAGAAAUCUCUGGAGCGGGCAGCUGAGUUUAAUAUAACAGGAGUCACAUAUAGACUCACACAGGGUGUUGUUAAGAGGAUAAUCCCAGCGGUAGCGUCUACAAAUGCUGUCAUUGCUGCUGCUUGUGCAACUGAAGUCUUCAAAAUAGCGACAAGUGCCUAUACGCCUCUCAAUAACUACAUGGUCUUUAACGAUGUUGACGGCCUGUACACCUACACCUUUGAAGCAGAACGGAAGGAAAACUGUUCAGCCUGCAGCCAAAUACCUCUGGAUCUGCACUUUUCUUCAUCCUCUAAACUGCAGGAGGUGUUGGACUACCUGACUGAGAGUGCCUCUCUACAAAUGAAAUCACCUGCUGUAACAGCAACUGUGGAGGGAAAGAACAAAACUUUAUAUUUACAGUCGGUUGCUUCAAUUGAACAGAGGACGCGGCCAAAUCUGUCCAAAACCCUGAAGGAGCUGGGCCUGACUGAUGGACAAGAGCUGGCUGUGGCUGAUGUGACCACGCCCCAGACCAUGUUGUUCAGACUCUGCUUUACCUCAUAGAACAAACUCAAGCACUCCCACAGCCCAUCUAGAAACUAGAACAGUUUACAACAGCUUCAGUCACAUUAUAGGAUUACAAUUGAUUUAAAUGUUUUAAUGUACUUAUCGGCUAAAGCUGAUGUUUUGCACUGAAAAGCUAAAUCAGUCACACCUUUGUCAUGUUUUGGUGAUCAAUUAAGGAAAUCUGCAUUAAUGUGUUACGUUCACUACAGCCUAGAGCGUAUUCUGUGCAAAUAAUGAAACAAGCAAGAGUUACUUUUUAAACGAUUGUACUGUACUUGUUCUGGUUUGUAAUAUUUAUUUAUUUCAGCACAGUUUUUUUAGUUGUCUUAGCCACUGCAGUGGUAAUCAGCAGACACUGAUAAUAUUGAUGUGCAAACUGGAAUAAAAUGUUUUUCUUAAAAAAAAAAAAAAAAAAGUAUGUGUUUU